CCUGCCCAGUACCUUCCCGAACCUCCUCCAAGAUGGUCGGCAUCUCCUGCCUCCCAUUUGCAUCCAAAAUGGUUGUAAUUAUCUUAAUUUUACCAUUAUUUUUAUUAGUCUCUGGUGAACAUUCUGGAGCAUAUUCGUCACCGCAAUACGCGAAAAAAAUGUUCCCCAAGCAAAUUGAUACAAAUGCAUUAUUACCGAGAGAGAAAAACCCAGUGCCGUUCAAAAGUGACUCGAGGUUUGAUAGUGAAAAUGACACGUCGAUGUACGGGAGGGCGUCAUUCAUGGAGUCAGCUGGAGACUUCCUAAGCAGCGCGGGAGGUCAGUUCGUGAACGGCAUGGCGAGGGAUUUUAUAGCUAGAUCUACGGGCACCAGCCAGGUUGGUUUUGACUGCGUCACGCAGGUACUAAGCUUGAACCUGACAAACCUGGUGAUUCUAAUCGUGCUAAAGGCGCUGAUUCUAGCGGCUGGGUUCUUCGGAGCCGGCGCAUGGAAAGGAGGUCAUCACUACGGCAGGAGUCUCGACGACAACAAAAACGCGUCCUUCAUCACCGAAGAAGAGCUCCUCCUCUACUUGAGCUACCUGACGGGCCAGCAGUCCAAGGACUACGGCUGCCUCUACCGCAUGUCCUGCAAGAAGCCAGAGCAAGCGGGCAUGUACUCUUCAGGGGCUGAGUUGCUUCUUCAGGGAGCUAAGCUGUUCCAGGGUGAUAGCAUCGAACUGGAGCCCUACGAAGAAGUAUCCAGAGGCAUCAGGGAAGCAGCGGAGAUGGGGGAGAGGGGGGUGAACUGCGAUGCACGCUACAAAUGUGGAGAGUGAACUCCGGAACGUUCUACAACGAAUAAUCUAGAAUAGGCAUAGGGUUUUAACGUUACACGAAUCAACUUUGACGUUAACUACUAUCAGCGCACAAAAACAGAAAAUACGGUGGCGACGGGCAGGUUAAAGUUAAUCUCAAAGUUGACUGGUGCAUCUGACCCUGAGUGGUCAUUCGGACGAGCGAAGCAGUCAUACAUAUAAAGAAUAAAAUUGUUGAGCGAUUUUUUCAAUUGUUCUACCAUUUUGUGCUCCAUAUGUAUGAGUAUAAUAAAACUAUGAAAAUUAGCUUGGUUUUGGAAUUAAUGAUUUUGAUAGCUUUGAUUUCGUUGGCCGUGUAAAUUUAUGGUUAACUGGUUUGUUAAAUUUUGGAAACUAUAUACGACUGAUUUAUAUUCAUAAGUGGCUGAUACCUUGAUAAUACUCUAAUUUGUAUGUUCUGUUUACUAUGUUUUAAACUUAUCACUUAAUUUUAUGUUGUAAAUACUAAUACAUGAGAUUGAAAUAGUUUUAAAUACAAAUCAAUACUUUUCUUGUUAUUCCAUUCUUAAUUUUGUCGUGAAUAUUUUUUUUAUAAUAAUUUUACGGUUGAUA